AUGCAGGCCGUUACAGUCAAAUCGCCACAGAGCCAAAGAACACCGUUUUCAGUGGAGGAUAUCUUAGAUCCCACUAAGUUCACCCGGAAAUUCAACUCGGCUGGGGAGAAAUCAGCUGAAGAAAAUCAUAAUCCGAAUGAGGAAGAUGGAAACACGCAGCGUCGCAGAGAGCCGCCGCCCCCGCUGGAGGUGAAGGGUCGUCGGAUCCGCACCGCCUUCACCCCGGAGCAGCUGCGGCUUCUGGAGUGCAGCUUCCGGAGGAGCCGCUACCUGUCGGUGCUGGAGCGCCACAGCAUCGCCGCGGCCCUCCGCCUGUCCGAGACUCAGGUCAAGAUCUGGUUCCAGAACCGACGCACCAAGUGGAGGAAGGAGAGCGUCACUGUGCGGGGAGAGGAGGAGGAGGAGGAGGAGGAAGGGCAGCAGCGCAGCUUCAUCCCGGCGUUCCCGUCCCACCCCGCGAUCUGCGCGGCUCUGACCUGUGGGUCCCUGUACCAGCCGGGCCCCCCGGAACCGCUCCGGCUGGUUCCGACGCUGCCUCUCAUGCCCUACCGGUACUGUUACACAUAA